AUGGAUUCAAUUGACUAUGGAGAUGCGAAAUUCAAAUUUUUGGGAAUUAGAAAACACUUUUUUAAGGAUGUUGCUUAUCAUAUCACAGUUUUUGAUGAGAUAGUCAUUAUGGGCAUAGUAGAGAUUGUAAAUUAAAAUUAGACCGCUGAUUGCUAAAAUCCUAAAUACAGAAUAAAACUGACUCUAGAUACAAAAAUAAACUGGGAGAUUAGUAAGAACAAGUAAACACUGGAAUGCUUUGAAUUUCCAUACUAAAAUAAGAAGAAGGUAGUCCAUGCACAAGCAAAGGAUUUAUAAAGAUUCAAAGAACUAUUAGCUGGAAAAGUGUUAUUUGAAGGCAUAGGAGACUUAUUUCAGCCUCUAUUUUAGGUGGGCAAAGGAAGUUCAGCAAAAGUGUACAGUGCAAGAAAUGUUUUAGAUAAGGAAGUGUAUGCUGUUAAGGCAAUUGAAAAGUCCUUUCUGAAGCUAUCAGAAAAUGGAAAUGGAAUGUAAGCUUUUUAAUCUGAAAUACAAGUCCUAAGAACUUUAUCAUAAUAUGAACAUAAUUUCUUGGUUCUAAGUGAAAUCUAUGAGGGAGACAGUACUUUUUACGUGGUCACUUCAUAUUUGGAAGGCUUGAGUUUGAGUGGAGAAUUAGAAAAGGCAAAGGUACUACCAAUAUAAAGUAUAAAAACUAUAAUGAAAAAGCUACUCACUAAUUUAAAAGUACUUCAUUCCCAUCGAAUAAUUCAUCGAGACUUAAAACCAGAUAAUUUGAUGUUUGCACGAAAAAACGACUAUUCUUCAUUAGUUUUAGUGGAUUUCGGUCUUGCAACUUCAGAACUAUUAGAUAAAUAUUUAUUUCCGAAGUGUGGUACACCUGGUUAUGUAGCUCCUGAGGUCUUAAGUACAAGAAGUGAUUCAAAGUACAAUUGUAAAGUUGAUAUAUUUUCUGCUGGCUGCAUUUUUUAUAAAUUACUCACUGGACGUAGUUUAUUUCUCGGAUAGAAUUUUGAUGAAGUCUUGAGAUCAAACAGACAUUGUCAUAUUGAUUUAGACAUCCCUUUAGAUGGAAUACACAUUACAGAUUAAUCAUUAGAUUUAUUAAAAAAGAUGCUGAAUAAAAAUGCUAAGAAUAGAGUCACUGCUAUUUAGGCACUGCAACAUCCUUUUAUAGACUCCAAUAGCGAAUAAAGUACAUAGGCAAUAUAAACCACUGGGUAAUAAGUGAUAAAAAAUGCCAUUUAUCAAUUAAAUUUGGCUGAAUUAGAAUCUAAAUACAAUAGUUAAAAUGAUAUAGGGGAGGAACAGAAUUAAAAAAUUAAUGAUUUAAAGAGAUAUUCCUUUAUAACUGAGGUGCAAUAGUAAUAGAUGUCAAUGUCAGCCAAAAGAAUGAGUGGCUAGUUCUCAGGCACCUUCUAUUAGAAGGAUCCAUUAUCGGCUGUGCGUACAUUGAAAUUAUACACAGAAACCUCAUAGCCCAUAAAAAAUAGUAGUCAUUAUUCACAAAAUUCAGCUUCUUAAUUUUGA